UUUACCGCUCCCCUACCCAACUUAGUGACGAAACGGCCUCACCUAGUACCAUAGACCCGUCUUGGUAUAUACUUCUAGGCGCCUUGGACCCGUCUUGGACCUGAGUAGGAUACCUUGAAAGACGAAACUGUUGUUUCGUAUAUUUUUUCUGUAAUAUUUAAUUUGUUGAACCUAUAUACGAUAUGGCUUUUGUGUUACGGAAAGUGUUAAGACAAAUCAUCAGACCUUCUGUUCGGUUCUUCAAUGAAGAGUUUACCUCACCAGAACUACAAAGGAAUACACGUAACGAAAAAGAAGCACAGUUAAAAGCACCGGCCCCGGGUUCUAUCUCUGAUAAGUACCAAGUUUUCCGGGACAUUGACGCCACAGUCAUCCUAGAUGUGGAAGAAGAGCGCCAACUUCAGCUGCAACGUGAUUCACACUCGGCACUAGAAACUGACGAACCGGAUCAAGAGGAACUACCGGAUAUAUUUAAAGGCAUUAAUCUGCAACGCGGUAAAACUGGAGUAUACGAAAUCGAAGAUCUGGUCAAAGUUUUGCGUUUGAAUAAUGCUGAGAACAUAUUCGUCUGCACUGUACCUAGGGAAAUCAAAUACGUAGACUACAUCUGUGUGGUGUCUGGAAUGAGUUUCAGACAUAUGCGAGGCGUUGCGGAGUUUGUCCGGAAAGUUUUCAAAAUGAAACGGAAUGCUGGUGAUAUUAUUCCUAAAAUCGAAGGAGAAAACAGCCGAGAUUGGAUGGCGAUGGAUCUAGGGAAUAUUGCGCUUCAUAUUUUCGCGGAGUCUGCUCGGCAACAGUAUGACCUGGAGUCACUCUGGGCCAUUGGUGCAAAGUAUGAUCAUGAGUGCAAUAAACCGAACGAGCCACUGGUGGAUCUUUUUGAACGACACUCCAUUUAUUUGAAGGACCUUAAGCCACUGAAUGAUAACGCAAAUUUCAAGAAUUCAUUAGCUUGAGCAACUAAAAUGUAUAUUUGUGAUUUGAGAAGUAGCUAAAAAUACAAAAACAACUGUGUUCACUGA